CCUGCCCCACCCAGGAAAGUGCUCUCGCUGCCAGGGACACCAUGUAGUAGGGCUGGCCACAGUGCCCAAUGAGCUGCGAUGGUUUUGUACACGACCCCCUUUCCCAACAGCUGUCUGUCCGCCCUGCACGCCGUGUCCUGGGCCCUCAUCUUCCCGUGCUACUGGCUGGCAGACCGGCUCCUGGCCUCCUUCAUACCCACCACCUACGAGAAGCGCCAGCGGGCAGACGACCCCUGCUACCUCCAGCUGCUCUGCACCGUGCUCUUCACGCCCGUCUACCUGGCCCUCCUGGUCGCCUCGCUGCCCUUUGCAUUCCUUGGCUUCCUCCUCUGGUCCCCACUGCAGUCUGCCCGCCGGCCCUACGUCUACUCCCGGCUGGAGGACAAGGGCCCCACCGGUGGGGCAGCCCUGCUCAACGAAUGGAAGGGUACAGGUCCUGGAAAAAGCUUCUGCUUCGCCACCGCCAACCUCUGCCUCCUCCCGGACUCACUGGCCAGGCUCAACAAUGUGUUCAACACCCAAGCCCGUGCCAAAGAGAUCGGGCAGAGAAUCCGCAAUGGGGCCAGUAGACCCCAGAUCAAAAUCUACAUCGACUCGCCCACCAACACCUCCAUCAGCGCUGCCAGCUUCAGCAGCCUGGUGUCACCACAGGGCAGUGAUGGUGUGCCACGGGCCGUCCCUGGGAGCAUCAAGAGGACGGCCUCUGUGGAGUACAAGGGCGACGGCGGGCAUCAUCCUAGUGAUGAGGCUGCCAACGGCCUGGCCUCCGGGGACCCAGCUGACGGAGGCAACCUUGAGGAUGCCUGCAUCGUGCGCAUCAGUGGUGACGAGGGGGGUCGGCCCCCUGAAGCUGGCGAUCCCCCCAAUGGGGGCCAGGCCAGGAACGGGGCUGGUGGGGGCCCACGGGGCCAGACACCCAACCACAGUCAGCGAGAUGGGGACUCGGGGAGCCUGGGCAGCCCCUCGGCCUCCAGGGAGUCCCUGGUGAAGGGCCGGGCCGGGGCUGAUGGUGGCAGCGGGGAGCCAGGCGCCAACAGCAAGCUCCCAUACAAGGCCUCGGUGGUGAAGAAGGCCGCCACGCGCAGGAGGCGCCACCCAGAUGAGGCCUUUGACCAUGAGGUCUCAGCCUUCUUCCCUGCCAACCUGGACUUCCUGUGCCUGCAGGAGGUAUUUGACAAGCGGGCAGCCGCCAAGUUGAAAGACCAGCUGCACAGCUACUUCGAGUACAUCCUGUACGACGUCGGGGUGUACGGCUGCCAUGGCUGCUGCAGCUUCAAGUGUCUCAACAGCGGCCUCUUCUUCGCCAGCCGCUACCCUAUCAUGGAUGUGGCCUAUCACUGUUACCCCAACGGGCGGUUCUCCGAUAGCCUGGCCUCAAAGGGAGCGCUGUAUCUCAAGGUGCAGGUGGGAAGCACACCUCAGGACCAAAGAAUCGUCGGGUACAUCUCCUGCACACACCUGCACGCCCUGUCAGAGGACAGUGACAUCCGGUGUGAGCAGCUUAACAUGCUUCAGGACUGGCUGGCUGAUUUCCGAAAAUCUACCUCCUCGUCCAGCGCAGCCAACCCCGAGGAGCUGGUGGCAUUUGACAUCAUCUGCGGAGAUUUUAACUUUGACAAUUGCUCCUCCGAUGACAAGCUGGAGCAGCAGCACUCCCUGUUUACACGCUACAAGGACCCCUGCCGCCUGGGGCCUGGGGAGGAGAAGCCGUGGGCAAUUGGAACUCUGCUGAACCAGGACCGUCUCUAUGAUGAGGAAGUGUGCACCCCCGACAAUCUGCAAAAGGUCUUGGAGAGUGAGGAAGGUCGCCGGGAGUACCUCGCCUUCCCCACCAGCAAGAGCCCCGGGGCAGGCCAGAAGGGACGCAAAGAGCUGCUGAAAGGCAACGGCAGGCGCAUCGACUACAUGCUGCACGGGGAGGAGGGGCUGUGCCCAGACUGGAAGGCCGAGGUGGAAGAAUUCAGUUUUAUCACCCAGCUGUCAGGCCUGACGGACCACCUCCCAGUGGCCAUGCGACUGAUGGUGUCUGCAGGGGACGAUGAGGCAUAGACCAGCCCAGUCACCAUGAGCAGCGGGGCCUCCGCCAGCCCUUUGAGUCGCAGUCCCUCCCUGGCCGUGUCCCUUCCAGCGAGCACCACUGGUGCUGGCGGAGGAGGGCAGGGGCCUGGGAGAGCCGCGGCCAGUCCUGGGUGAGCUGGAACCAGCGCUGCCCGGCACCUCUGGGCACUCGCCAUGGACAGGAGUCAGGCCGGCCUGGGGAGUCCUGGCUGCCCAACCAGUGCCAUUCUUUCGAAUCGUUGAUUUUCUACAAAUCUACAGCACAAGCUAGUUUAUAACCCGUGGGUUAGUAUGAGAUCCGGGUUUCUGUACUCUUUGUAUCUCUUCUCAAGCUUCGUCCAGGGUUCAUUAUUUCUGUCUGCUGCCAUGUUGUCUCGCAUGCCUGCACCCUCGCAUGCACGCUGCCCGCAUGCCACAUGCCACACCGUAGCCACAGACCCCUCACUCGGGCCUCACCCAAGGCCAAACUCCAAACACAA